AUGAAACCCAUUGCAAAGAAUAUUUUGAUCGCUGUUAUCUUCUUAUCAAGUCUGAUGCUGUUAGUUAUCUACCAGGAUAUAUUAAAUCUGCGAUGGAACGAACUAAAUCAGGAGAUUUCCGUCAUUCGUAAUAUUCAAAACUCUACGGUCGUAAAAUCAAGGGCUCUAGUUCCAAAGCAAAAUGUGAUGUUUCUGAAGACGCACAAGACUGGAAGUUCAACACUACAAAAUAUACUCGUGAGAUACGCUGAAAAAAAUAACUGUUUUGUCGGAUUGCCACGAGGAGAUAUUUUAUUUGGUUACAUGACUGGAACUUCGUUUCAAAAAUCCAUGAUGAUGCCGGUGCCUAUUUCAAAAAUUGUGAGCAUGUUGUUGCAUCACAUGGUGUUCAAUUAUACAGAAGUUUCAUCGAUUCUCCCUUUUGAUGCCGUUUAUAUUACAAUCUUGCGUGAUCCCGCAACUCAAUUUGAGUCCGUUUUCAAAUAUUUCAAACAAGACGUUGAACCAUUUAAUCGAGCUGAAGGCAAAGAUGGAUUGAAAGAUUUUGUUUCCGACCCGAAACAAUAUUUCAACGGGAAAGGCGACGGUAGAUUUUGGUGGGUCGCUAAAAAUGGAAUGUUCUUCGAUCUGGGAUUCGAUAAUUUAUCUGAUGACGAAAAAUAUAUCAAAAAAUCAGUCGCAAAAAUUGAAGGAAUAUUCGACCUUGUUUUGAUUUCAGAAUAUUUCGAGAUUUCUCUGCUUUUACUGAAAGACUUGCUCCAUUGGGACAUAAAAAAUAUUGUAUAUUUAUCAAUGAACGCAAGAAAUCAAUCAGACGUGGAACACGUGACUUCUGACGUCAUAGAUCAUAUAAGAAAGUGGAACAAAGCUGACUACACGAUGUAUAGAUAUUUCAAUGAAACAUUCUGGCGUCGGGUAGAAGCUUACGGAAAAGACAGACUUGAACACGACCUGGAAGAAUUUAGAAAAUUACGAAAAGAAAUUGAAGAGCUUUGUGUCGAAGAUAAACUCGUAAAUAGUAAAGAUAUUGCGGACAAGACUUACAAAAUGUUCACGCCCACCGGGGUCAACGUUACCCAAUAUAAAUUGAAAGAACAAGCACAAAACAACGCUCUAUGCAAGGGGUUAAUCUACCCCGAAUACGUUUGGUAUAAAAAGUUAAUAGAACAGCAAUAUCCACCACAAUAG